AUGGCGUACUCUCUUCGCUGGUGGAGGCAGUCCUCGGAACAGCAGCCAUCUAUGGCUGACGGAGGUCCCGCCAAAUUUGAACCCAAGAUCUGGCACCUGAAGGCACAUGGUUUCCAGCAGGGCCCUAAACUAUCCAAGGACGAAGAGUACAGCCUGGCGAGCUUCAAGCGCGAAGCAAUGGCCCUGUACAAAAACUCGCGAGUGCCGCAGCCGAACCUGUCUCACUCUGAUCGUGAGCAGCUCAUGAAGGUCGGCAAGGACGAGUCGGUCAUCAUAAAAAAAUCUGAUAAAAGCAACAAAUUUGUAGCAAUGAAAAUGACCACUUACCUGGAGAAGGCAGAAUCCCUGUUGUCGGACGAGUCCCGGUUUGAGAAAGUUGAGCUUACUAUCGACCAGUGGGAGGAGGAGACCCGAAAGAUACUCCGCCGAGUUUGCGAGGGAUCCUUGGAAAAGGAUUUAUACACAGCCGUGAUGCCGGGUGACAACAGCUUCCCUGAAAUGUACGGUCUUCCAAAAGACCACAAGUCCAAUAUUCCUCUCAGACCAGUCGUUGCGGCCUGCGGCUGCCCAGUUACAAACAUCUCCAUAGUCCUCGAACGCAUCCUCAAUCAAUGUCUCCAGUUCGUGCCAGCACACCUGGAGAACACUGUUGAAGCACUCCAGUGUAUGAGGAGCGCGUUUCCCAACCUCAAGGCCCCGCCCGGCACCAUCAUUGUGACUAUGGAUGUGGUGGCCCUUUACCCUAGCAUCCCGAUUAACGAUGGCAUUGCAGCAGUCAUGAGAGUCCUCCGACAACACGAGGGCAGCAUCGAUCUGUUCGGUUUCCGAAUUGGGCAGGUCAAGGAGCUCCUCGCACAUGUGCUGAGCUCCAACUACUUCCGGUUUGGAGCGCAGGUGUACCACCAGAAGGAUGGUGUGGCUAUGGGCAAUAACCUAGCGCCCCCCUUUGCCAUCCUGUACAUGCAUGACCUAGAGAGUUCGCUCUUGCGUAGUGCACCUGCCAGCCCAGUUCUGUACAAGCGCUACAUCGAUGAUGUUUUCAUUGUGUGGAACCUCGGUCCGGAACUUCUGCAGAGUUUCCUAGAUCACUUCAAUAAUGCCGAUCCUAAUAUUAAAUUCACUCACCAAUCCACGGAGUUGACUGGCUCAAUCAAUUUCAUGGACACGACCGUCCAUGGCUCACCAGAUGGAUCUAUAUCCUAUGAACUAUACCGCAAGCCAUGUCACAGCGGACUGGUAUCAGACUACAACUCGUCAGUUCCCAACCAGCAAAAGAAAGCAAUUGCUUCCUCUGAGUUCCUGCGUGCCGUCCGCCUAUCCUCCGAUGCCGACACCCUAAAAAGAAGUGAAGAAAAAGUAACCAACAUCCUAAAAUUCAACAACUUCCCAGAUGAAACAUCUGAGCGUUUGUCAAGCGCUUGCAAACGCAAGUCAGUUAGCACUCCAGCUCUUGGCCAUUGCACUUAG